AUGGAAAUAGGAAAUCAAACAUGUGUUCCAGAAUUUGUCCUCCUGGGAUUUUCAGCAAAAUCAGAGAUUCAGUUCAUUCUCUUCGGGCUGUUCCUCUCUGUGUACCUGGUCACCAUCAUCGGGAACCUACUCAUUAUCCUGGCCAUAAGCUCAGACUCCCACCUGCACACACCCAUGUACUUCUUCCUCUCCAACCUGUCCUUCACUGACAUCUGCUUCACCUCCACCACCGUCCCAAAGAUGCUGGUGAACAUCCAGACCCAAAGCAAGGUCAUCACUUAUGCAGGCUGUCUAACUCAGAUAUUCUUUUUCACUGUGUUUGGAUGCCUGGAUAAUUUAAUCCUGACUGUGAUGGCCUAUGACCGCUUCGUGGCCAUCUGUCACCCCCUGCACUACACGGUCAUUAUGAAUGCCCAGUUUUGUGGACUGCUGGUUCUCGGAGCUUGGUGCAUUAGUAUCAUGGGCUCCCUUCUUGAGACUUUGACCAUUUUGAGGCUGUCCUUCUGUGCAAACAUAGAAAUCCCACACUUCUUUUGUGAUCUUCCCGAAGUCCUAAAGCUCGCCUGUUCUGACAUCCUCAUCAAUAACAUAGUGGUGUACUGUGCAACAGGCCUUUUGGCUGUGAUUCCUUUCAGUGGGAUACUUUUUUCUUACUAUCAAAUUGUCUCUUCCAUCCUGAGAAUUUCAUCAGUUGAGGGCAAGUACAGAGCCUUCUCCACCUGUGGGUCUCACCUCUCAGUGGUGUCCCUGUUCUAUGGCACAAGCCUGGGGGUCUACCUCAGUUCUGCAGCCACACCAUCCUCUAGGAUGAAUAUGAUGACCUCAGUGAUGUAUACCAUGGUCAUUCCCAUGCUGAACCCCUUCAUCUACAGUUUGAGGAACAGGGACAUGAAGGGUGUCCUAGGGAGACUCCUUGGUAGGUGGAUGCUUCUCAAUGAUGAGGUCAUUGCAGGGCUUUCCUGA